UGAUAAGUAACCUCUUGAUAAGCUUGAAAGCCGAUUGGGAGCGAAUAUUCGAGGUUCGUAGCAACGAAUGUUGAAAUGUUUUCGGUCGAGUGAUCGGACGUUCUUUUGAUCACAUCUUCGAUCGAAUUUCAAAUACGUACGUAUGAAUGUUUACCUGUUUAUUUGAGAACGUGAUUUGAACUAUCCACAGCGUUGAAACGCCAGUAUGGCGGUCGGAGGAGGAUUUUUUGACCAGUACUCGGUCUUCUGUGUGUUUGGGUCGGUUGUUGGAUGUGUGGUGGUUCCCUUGAUAACGCAGGUAGGUAGAUUCUUGUUCUUGACUCCUUGUAACACGUUAUUUUUGGCUCAACAUAGCUGUGGUCGCGUCUCUGAGAACUAUUUUAUCCCAAGCGAUAAUUUGUGAUGUUCCUUAUACCCUAUACUUUUUUCCACAGUCUGUUGAAAGCGUUAUAUUUUCCGCUAUCGUCAUCAGUUUAACAGCAACACAUCUUACAAAACGGGCUAACAAGUCGGACAAUUCCAAUCAGGUAAUCCUAAAUGCCCUACAUUCUUGCCUUUAGUGCGUCUCUUUUCUCGUCUGAGGUUAGUCUGUCUUCCGUCUUUUCAACUCUCUUCAUCGUUAAAGCGGGCGUCUUGUAGCACUUAUCCACUGACAGAUUUUGUAUUCAGAUGUAUUAUUAUUAUUAAAGUUGAAUUUGUGGUCGCAGGUUAACGUGAAAGAUGUUGUCGACAAGCGCUCAAGUCGUAAACCGAAAGACCGUGAACGGGACCAACAAUCUCAUGCUAAGAAGCGAAAAACAGUUACACAACAAAUCCAGGUAUUGUCGUGGCAGAAACAUUUUCCAUUACUGAUAAUCUCGUAAAAAUCUUUUCGUUGUCCGUUUUGACGUCCAACUUGAUUACAUGCCGCCCAACCGAACGUUCAUAUUGGUUAAUGCCAAAAAUUGCUUAUUUGAUUAAACUUAUAUCGACUGACUUUACUAUAAUUUUCCUAUUAAUCUUCGUUCGUUUAUUUUUCAGACGCAUUUUUACUGUCGACUUACGUAAUUAGUCAACUGCUAACUUUUCCAGUAUUUCUUUAAUUUUACUCCAUUUCAAACAACAGCCACGAGUAUUUGUUUAUAUUUCGCAGACAAAAUAUGUAACAUUUAUUAUCAAAGUUUUGUCGAGGUCAGUAACCGGACAACGAACUUCAAACGGAAGUAUUAUCCAUGUAAAUGCAAAAAAAUACGAUCAUAUUCAUUUAUCGUCGCCAAAUUCAAAACAACAUGUUCUCGUAAUAAUUUGCAUUGGCUUCUUGAUCGACGGACAGAUAAAAAUCGCUUCCUUCAAAAACUUUCGUUUUCCUUUAACACUGUGAUUUAUAUAUUUUUUUCUGCCUUAUAUAGAUUCCUUCAUUUCUGAAAAAAGGAAGGCCCUUAACUAUUCUUCGGUAUAAGAAUCGAGGAUAUAAUGGGCAAACAUAUUUUAGGCAGCUGUAAUUUGAAACCUAAAUAGAAUUUGUUGUCAACUCUCCUUUGUCUGGAUGAUUCCAGCUGUUGAGAAAUUCUCGGUUUGUUCUUUUUUUAGCACACGAAUGUUCGAGUCGUUGAUGAAUACAAACAAAAAGAGGACAACCAGAGAAAGCUUGAUUUAGCCAGGAAAAUUGAGUUGGUGAGUACUAAAUCAAUUAAAAUACACACCCGGGUUCACUGAAAAUGUAAUGCUAAUAAUAUGUCAACCGGAAUAAAAUGUAAAUGAUGCUUUGUUUAUUUUUCACAUUGCUGCUCUUAUAAAAAGGUGUGUGGAUGGGCGUACCCUAGCCAUAAUCUGUACAACUUUUGUACUAUGUAUAUCAAUUCAGGGCAUACUUCAAAGCAUUUGAACACUGUGUGAAUAAUAAUUCCAUAUUUGGGUGCAGUGGAUUAGGGUACCUAAGCACUGCAGACAUCAGUCAUUUUGCUACAGUCUUGUUAGGGAGGCAGCGUGGCCAAGUGGUCAGCGCGUCAGACUUACAAUUCGGCGGUCCCGGGUUUGAGUCCCGCUCUGGCCACUUGCUGGAUUUGUACUCAGUCGUCCCAAGUUCAAAUCCUCGGCCAUGCUAGUAAAUAGCCAACUGGUUGCCUCCUGCCAGUUGGGGUUUUAAAUCCUGCUAUGUUGUAUUUGAAUCAUUUGUUUUCUAAGUAUUUACUGAUUAUAAAGCGCUUUGGAUCACUAAGAGAAAGGCGCUAUAUAUGUGUAUAUUAUUAUUUUUAUUAUUAUUAACAUGUUGUUACUGCAAUAUACUGAUACAUCUGGUUUCAAAUAGUUUCCCUAUGAAAAAGAAAAACAGGGCUUUCAUUAAGGUAUUUCCCCUGGGCAGCUAUUAUAAACACGAUUACCAGCUACUUUCAUAGGAAAAUAGAGGAUUUCAUACAAGGCUGCCGCCUAACAGGCGCCCGGUUGCCAGAGGCGCCUACGAUUUACCCUCAGGCGACCAAAAUUUCUAACAGGGAGCCUGAACGGGCGGCUGCAACUUAUGAUUUUUAGGCUAACGGCCUAUAAAUAAACAGCAAAAUCUGCACUUUUGAAACAAAAACGGAAAACGUUUGGUCGUCGGCUGUAGGUAAAGAAUAUUUCCGCUGAUAAAAGGUAAAAAACAAGCACUUGUAUUGAAAUUCGCUUCUGUGACUUGCGCUGCAGUGGAGUUUAAGUUUCUCAUCUGACAAUGGCAUCAAAUACAUUUAAUAGUCGGCAAAUGGUUAUUGUCAUUUUUUUCAAGAAAGAAAUCGUUCUUAAAAUCUUUUCGAGUGGUGAAUAUAAAAAUGCUGGUUUCUCAAAACUCGAGACUCAGUUUUGGCGUUUUGAAACUCUAUUCGUUUGAGUCUCGAGUAUCCUUCUGGUUUUGGCUUGUCCUGCAGUGCUCCUUAGCAUUGUGUGACGGGUCAAAGGGAGACUUACCUUAUUAAUUUAUUCGGCUAUAAGCCAAGUGAUUUUGACACAAAUGAAAUUUGUGAAAUUUCAGCCCAAGAGGGGUGUCGGCUUACAGCCACGAGUUUUUGACAACAAAAGUUUUUCAGUGUAUUGAAGCUCUACUAAAUGAGGAUGUAUUCACUCAUAAGCUGAGCAAAAAGCACUGGCAAAAGAUUGAACCGAUCGCGUAACUAAGAAUCUGAAAAGUUAGGUUAGCUAAGGACAGAAAUUCAGUCCCAAAUUGUCAAAAUAUCUGGCAAAAACAGGUCUCACAACUAACAUCUCACAUUGUUAAGCCUUUUGCAAUGAGGGAAGGUGUAAAACAAAUGAAAGAUACCAAGGAAUGUGUAAACAAUCCGCCAUGUUUGGUCAAACUUGUGCUUUAAAACAUUUGCUUGGUUACCAAGCACAGAUGAACACAACGUGAACUGAUGUGGUUUGUUUUGAUUGAAAGACGAUUGAUGUGAUCAUUUCAUGCAUAAUGCAAUGAAGACAAGAGGAAAAAUUGUUAGCAGCGAAAAACUUAAAUGACAAUCUUACGUUUUCCUGGUGAAGGCAGGGUUCGAAAUUUACUUUUAUGUUCAGUUGCCCCUGGGGCAACCACAAGACUUGGUUUGGUUGCCCAUAGAAUAUUUUGGUUGUCCAAGCUCUUGCCCCAGUUCAAGCCAAGAAACUAAUACAGCUAGCUGUCUUAUGCGCCUCACUUAUUUCAUGUUUUUUGAUCCCAUCAAGACGAAAACUGUUGUUACCUUUUUCGCUCCCAAAGGCAGAUUUAUCUUUCGAAAACUGUCUGCAAUAACUGCAAAACAUAGCGUUUUCUUUCUCGUCAAAUUUCAGCCAGGGUCUUCUAGUCUUCCACGUCUCUUGAAAUGUACGACACCUUUUUCUUGAACUUUCUUGCGCCUCGCCUAAUUCUGCUGUAGAUUUUGCGACACCCGUCGCCGUAGCAUUGCUUUGAUCAUCAUCUUUCUUCGUGGCUUCCAAAUUGUUGUUAUCGCCAACGGCCUUCACUUUCUCACGGCCGAAGUAGCGGAAGAGGCUCAUGUUAACUAACAUGAUUACGGUAAUAAUAAGAUGAAUGGUAAAUUGCCAUCGUCGAAACAAACAUGGCGGCAUCACGGAGCGAAUCUCACUAGUGCAUCAUGGACUAUGUUUACUGGUACCAACCGCUGAUUAAAGCACAACAGGCUCAUUCAAAUAAGAAUGUUGUGCAAAAACGAACUUCGGUUUCCAACGGUAGUGUACGUGAUACUUUAGUAUUUCUUCCGCGUUUUUUUUUUUUCUUUCCACUAACUUAGUUUAGGUAUCGCUUACUCUCCAAAGACAACAAGCUGUUAUAUUUAUUCAAAUCUAUCAAGUCUUCAUUAUGGAUUAGUGCCACGACAGAUUGGGUUGCCCAAGGGGCAACCACUUAGCACAAUUUGGUUGCCCCAUCGUAAUUUUGGUUGUCCGGGACAACCGGACAACCGUUAAUUUCGAACCCUGGAAGGUCACACUUUUUUCGAAAUUGUUAAGUUUUACAGUAGUUAAAAGUUAACAAGUGGGUCUCGGCUUAUAGCUGGGUGUUUUGGAUUUAAAAUUUUCUUAGGCUACAGCCUUGUUAUAAUAGGCCCUUUGCAGCUUGCCAUUCACGUGGUACAAAACUGCCAUACUGGGAUGCAAAAGUCCCACUAGGGUAAGACCAACAAAAGGCAUACAUAAUUUAAAUGGUAAUUUCCUUUUCCUUUUACGGUUUAUGAUUGGCACUGCAAUAAUAAUAAUAAUGUCAUAAAUUAUUGUUGUAGUCCACAUUAUUAUGAGCUCCUGGUGUGGAUAAAUUUCAACAAGGUUGAAAAGGGCUAACAGUUUUGUUGGUGAUAGCCCGACCUGAACCUACAUGCAUGUAGCCUGCGAAAACAUCCGUUUCUCCUCUCUCUUCAUCGCUGGGGACGUUUCACGCAGAGCAACGUCUGCGACUCAGUGACAGAAAUUCCAUACUGAUGACGUAAAAUCUGUCCGGAAUCCGGUCAGAAGCGCUGAUUGGUCGGGGGAGUAGUUACAUUGUUUUAGCUAUUGUUUACGAAUGACAGACAAAAGGCCACAAAGGUCAAAUGUAAACGCUAAGAAUCUCUAGCAAAACGACAAUAUUUGUGGAAUGUACUCUUCUGUAGAAGAAACGUUUGAGUUUCGCUGGAGCUCGUUGGCAAAUGAACACAACACUUUAACAAAAUCGACCAGAAGACACGUAAAAUUGGACAAAUUUGUAUUUGGAUCCCCAUGACUACCAGAUUUAUUAUGUAAACAUUGAUUUGCGUCAUCAGUAUGGAAUUUCUGCCCCUGAGUCGCAGACGUUCCUCCGUGCGAAACGUCCCCUGCGGCGAAGAGCGAGGUGAAACAGAUGUUUUCGCAGGCUAACAUGCAUGUGUGAUACUCUGAAAUAUCUUUACGGAGAAUCACCACAUCGCUGAGAUAACAGUCAUAAAGCCAGUAAUUUAAACUUGUAUGGUUUAGGCCUGCCUUUCUAUCUGCAGUGCUACAUUUAUCCUAAUGAACUGUCAGUACUAUAGUAUACUCAGGGAUGUCACUUAGAUUUGAAGUAAUAUAUCAAGGAGGAGACACAAGCUUUCAUCACCAGAUAAAACACUGAAAAGAGAGCUGAAAGAGGAGUUUUUUUUAUGAACUUUGAGGUGUUUCAUCUGAUGAUGAAAGACUGUGUCUCCUGCUUUAUAUUACUUCUUACUCAAAAUGAUUUUACAGAAGAAGGAGAAAUUAAGGAUGCAAAAAUGAGCAGUUUUUCAUCUAAUUUCCAAACACUCAUCAAACAUUAAUUUCCUUUGUAUUUUCUUUAUGAAUUAUUAAUGAGUUUGAGAAGUUGCUGGGUAAAUACAACAAGUAGGCAGGGAAUCAAACAGCUAGGGAUUUCUUUUGGUUCUAUUUUUCUUCCAUUUUCUUAUGAAAGUAGCUAGGGGAAAUCCUUGGCCCCCACCUCGUAAUGACAGCACUGCUAUACUGUAGUUAUCCUGAUGAAUAAACAAUUAUUAGAGGAGGUUUUCGUGAUAUCCAGAAUAAUCAAGGUCCUGGUAAAUGUUAUCAACCUCAGCUUUCUGAUUUCACUUAUCAGUAGGGGAUGAAAGCCUACGCAGAACAGAGAAAUAUUUUGAUUAAAUCAUAAAGUCACUUGCCAACAGACUGUUAAUUUGCCAAUAAAUGGAAGUAAAAUAUAAAUAAUCUAAAUUACAGCAAUAUCUUUACAUGGAGUAUUCUGUCUUCAUCACAUCUACCCUUGCUUUAGGAACUCUUGUUAGAAGGAAUAUUGAUCAGGUUAAUUACCAUCUACAUAGUAUGGCUACUAAUCUGACACAUCCUAAACUGAAGAGAGAGUUUCUGAAAAGGAGUCUAAAAAUAAAGGGGUGCUAAUCCCUAUGUUUUGGAACCAACUCUCAAAUGAAGCAAAACUCGCUGAGUCACUCACUUUAAGAAGUUUAUUAGAAUGCAGUUGGGUCUUGUCAAGUUGUCUAUCUUUUUAGUAACUACUAUAACUUUAAUUCUUUUUUGUCUUUCUGUAAUAGUACUAGUAGAAGUAAUUGUAGUAGUUAAUAUAUGGCGGUUAUGUGUAAACGCUACCUCUAUGGAAACUUGCCGAGUGUUGUAGAGGCUAGUUUGUUUCUCUUUUAAUUCAUAAAGUUUUUAAUAAAGUAUUACAUACCUUCAUUCUGUUUCAUGUAGGUAAUUUUUUUUAUCUUUUACAGGAACGUAAGCAAGAAGAAAAGAAAGAGAAGAAAGUUAAGAAAAAAGAAGAGAGAUUGAGAAGAAAAGAACAAGAAAGAGAGGAGAAAGAAGUGAGAAGAAUAUCAUAUGCUUUUUUGGUUCAUAUUUUGGAUGAAAGUAUUUGGUAGUUGAAAGGGUGUUAUACAAAUUAUCUUUAUUUGAUGGCUCCAAGUCUGUAACUAAAUUGCUUGUUUCUGUUCUGUAUGGAUAACAAUAUUUCUGCCGAGGAUGCUUUUUUAUUUGAAGAUGGCUUUCAGUGCCCUAUUAUUGUGCUGCGUUUGGUUAUUAAGCGCAAGCGAGGCAUAUUUAGUGAGAAUUUUUCAAUUUUUUUUCACAUGACUAGAAAGAAGAACAAAGACUAAAGAUGUACAAAGAACAGCGUCAAAAGGAAAUGCGAGAGACUCUAAGGCAUACAGAUAAGGUUAGUUGAAGUGUCAAUGAUCUUUAAUCAUUAUGCAACCAAUUGUCUUUUUAUUACUUGCAAGAUGUUAGAUAUUCAGUCAGUUGAGCGGAGACAGUUCAAAUUAGAAUGGAAUUUAUUUUGUCCUGAAUGUGCAUAUGUUGCAUUGUGUAUUUAUUUUUUUGUCACAGAUUUCACUUCAAAGAGUAGAUUCUGGAAGGACAAGACUAACUGCGACCUCAAAGACAACGAAAAAGCUUGAGAGUACAAUAACAUCUAAAUCACCGCUUAAAGUACCUAGUCCCCCUCUGUUGACAAUGCAGUACUUAAGACAGAGGUCUCAGUCAGAGGGGAGCGAAAGCGAGCCCCCGAGCCCACCCCCGUCAGUAUGGAAAGUACCAGAAUACGUGGAGCCUAAAUGGAACCCUGGACAACCUGAAUCGAAAACAGGAUCGAAACAGACUCGGUUGAAUAACGACGUUGUUUGCGCUAAAGUAAAGCUUGAACCGCCCUUCAAUCAGUUGCAUAAUCCCGUGUAUAAUAGUCCACCAUUCAAAAAGAACCAAUUUAUGAAUCGAAACCAAGAGAAAAGUCAGGCUUGUAGCGAAUCAAAGUUGACGCCCCACCAAAGUGAAUUUUCCAAGGUGAAAGAUAUGGACAAACCGGAUAACCGACAAGUCAAGUUCGACACGUAUUCAAGUUUUUCCGGUUUGGAUCUGUUGUCUCAGCUGAAAGAAGAGAAUAAGCUCUCUGACGUAGGAGCAAGAUCAUAUUCACUGUUUGGUCCUGACGAACCAAAUAGCACCAUAUUCAGAUCCCCUCUAACUGGACACUGA